AUUUGGUCAAUACUUUCCUCCAUCCCGGAGGAAAUCACGGUUAUCGACUCCAGAUUUGGUGAGAAUAUUACUAUAUCUUACAAAGAGACGUCUAUUUGCGAGACGGCUCCAGGAGUUCGUUCUUUCAGCGGAUACGUGCAUCUUCCACCAGACCUCACAGUGUCCCGCGGCUACCCGAUCAAUACAUUUUCCUGGUUCUUCGAAUCCCGUGUCAAUUCCUCAAAUGCACUGCUCGCAAUCUGGCUUAAUGGCGGACCAGGGGCAUCUUCGGUAGCUGGAGCCCUGGGAGAGAAUGGCCCAUGUAUGGUAGGGGAAGAUUCGAAUUCCACUACACUGAAUCCGUGGUCUUGA